CACAGUAUUGGGGUAUAGUUUUGACUUAGUUUUGCGGUUAUUUCUUGGAUUGGAACUGCAAUUUAAAAACUUCUGAAACAUGGCGGAUCUGGAGGCUGUGCUGGCUGAUGUCAGCUAUUUGAUGGCGAUGGAAAAAAGCAAAUCAACGCCAGCAGCUAGAGCCAGUAAGAAGAUAAUGCUACCUGAGCCCAGCAUUCGAAGUGUAAUGCAGAAAUAUUUGGAGGAAAGAGGAGAACUAACGUUUGAUAAGAUAUUCAACCAGAAGAUCGGUUUUCUGCUAUUUAAAGACUUUUGCAUGAAUGAAAUUGAUGAAGGUGUUCCUCAACUCAAGUUCUACGAAGAGAUAAAAGAGUACGAGAAGCUGGAUUCUGAAGAAGACCGUCUUUGUAGAAGUCGACAGAUUUAUGACACCUAUAUCAUGAAAGAGCUACUAUCUUGUUCUCAUCCAUUUUCCAAGCAAGCUGUAGAUCAUGUGCAAGCCCAUCUUGCAAAGAAACAAGUGCCCCCUGCUCUGUUUCAGCCCUACAUAGAAGAAAUAUGUGACAGUCUACGCGGGAAGAUAUUUCAAAAAUUUAUAGAAAGCGAUAGGUUUACUAGAUUUUGCCAGUGGAAAAAUGUUGAACUAAAUAUCCAUUUGACCAUGAAUGACUUCAGUGUUCACCGAAUAAUUGGACGAGGUGGAUUUGGAGAGGUUUAUGGCUGUCGAAAAGCAGACACUGGUAAAAUGUAUGCAAUGAAAUGUCUAGAUAAGAAAAGGAUUAAGAUGAAGCAAGGAGAGACGCUAGCUUUAAACGAAAGAAUCAUGUUAUCAUUGGUUAGCACAGGGGACUGUCCGUUCAUUGUGUGUAUGACAUAUGCCUUCCACACUCCUGACAAGCUUUGCUUCAUUCUGGACCUGAUGAAUGGUGGAGAUUUGCACUAUCACCUCUCACAGCACGGGGUAUUCUCCGAGAAGGAGAUGAGGUUUUAUGCUGCUGAAAUUAUCCUGGGUUUGGAGCACAUGCAUAACCGGUUUGUGGUGUACAGAGACUUGAAGCCAGCAAAUAUCUUACUAGAUGAGCAUGGACACGUCAGGAUAUCCGACCUAGGCCUGGCUUGUGAUUUCUCCAAGAAGAAGCCACAUGCAAGUGUAGGUACGCAUGGGUACAUGGCUCCAGAGGUCUUACAGAAAGGAACAGCAUAUGAUAGCAGUGCAGACUGGUUUUCUCUAGGAUGUAUGCUCUUCAAACUUCUGAGAGGACAUAGCCCUUUCAGGCAGCACAAAACCAAAGACAAGCAUGAAAUUGACCGCAUGACUCUCACCAUGAAUGUGGAGCUGCCAGAUUCUUUCACACCGGAGCUCAAGUCUUUAUUGGAAGGUCUUCUCCAGAGAGAUGUGAGCAAGAGACUUGGCUGCCAGGGAGGCAGUGCACAUGAGGUUAAAGAGCAUCCUUUCUUCAAAGGUAUUGAUUGGCAACAGGUGUAUUUGCAAAAGUACCCACCUCCCUUGAUUCCUCCUCGUGGUGAGGUUAAUGCAGCAGAUGCCUUUGACAUUGGGUCGUUUGAUGAAGAGGACACAAAAGGCAUUAAGCUUCUUGAUAGUGAUCAAGAACUAUACAAGAAUUUCCCUUUGGUGAUAUCGGAACGCUGGCAACAGGAGGUGGCAGAAACCGUGUAUGAAGCUGUCAAUGCUGAUACUGAUAAAAUUGAAGCGCGGAAGAGAGCCAAAAACAAGCAAUUGGGCCAUGAAGAAGAUUAUGCACUAGGAAAGGACUGCAUUAUGCACGGCUACAUGCUGAAGCUAGGAAAUCCAUUCCUGACUCAGUGGCAGCGACGCUACUUUUACCUCUUUCCAAACAGACUUGAAUGGAGAGGAGAAGGAGAAUCACGGCAAAACUUAUUGACAAUGGAGCAGAUUGUAUCUGUAGAAGACACACAGAUUAAGGAUAAGAAGUGUAUCUUACUGAGGAUCAAAGGAGCAAAGCAGUUUGUGUUGCAGUGUGAGAGUGAUCCAGAAUUUGUACAGUGGAAGAAAGAGCUGACUGAGGCAUUCACUGAGGCACAGAGGCUGUUACGUCGGGCUCCAAAGUUUCUGAACAAGUCUCGAUCUGCAGUUGUAGAGAUUUCUAAACCACCACUCAGUCACAGAAAUAGUAAUGGCCUUUAGGUGGCACCACAGGACCGAGAGUUCUUAGGGAUAACUACUUGUUUCACCUUGCCCAAGGACUACAGCAUCGUUAUUAGUUACCUGUAUGGCUCUAAAAGGCAAGGUGCACAUUGAAGCAGCUUCGGAAGCCUGCAGCACAUAUUGUCUACUGAAAACCGCCUGAAGCUUGGAAGAGGCCAUACCAUCUGAGUCCAUGAAGAGAUGAAUUUUUACUAACAGGAGUUUGGAAAGUUGCCAAAAUUAGUGAUUGCUCAUCAUUUUCAUGCAUCAGAAAAUACUGAAAUGGACUGCCUUUUGGUGUUCAAAAAGCAAGAAAUAGCAAAGCAUACACCCCUUGCUUUUUUUGGCAUAUGCAUGCUUCAGUAUAUGCCAAACAAGAAUAUGACAUGGGUUUUCCAGUAGUUGCUUUUAAGUUGAUUUUUAAAUCUGAAAUUCUACAUAUCCCUGGAUGGUUUAUGAAGGUGUUGCCACGUUGUGAGAAUGUUCUCAAGAUGAUAGCUUUUCUGAGUGUUGCCAUAUUUUUUCCUAGACCCUCUCUCUUCUCCCAAUUUGCACUGUUGACUUUGUCUAAUUGGCAGUGUAAUGAAUUGUUUUAUGCACUUCAAUGUACUGACUUUUAUCUGUCCUGUGGUUACAAGAUGUAGAUACUUCAUGGGAACUGCAUACCAAGAAUAUUCACCUAGUUCUAUGUGUUCACCAAUUAUAGUGGCUACCACUGUCUUGCUUUGUAUGAAGAUAGAAAUCUAAUUGUAGAGUAAUUAUCAGUUAACAGGAGUGCAUGGUAGCUUUGUCUAGUGGUCUAUUAGCCAGUCAGCAAGUUUAGCACAGUUAUUUAACAGGCUCAUUCUUCAGAUCCGUUUACAGUAAAUAUAAAGACAGCUUUUUUUGUUUGUUUCUAUUUCAGGUCAAUUGCACUUUUGUUUUUUGUUUUUUUUUGAGAACGUUAAAGUGUGAGAAUGUUGGAUAAUACCGGUACGUACCAUGGUAUGGCCAUGUACCAGUCUAUCAACUGUAUGGAUUCUGUUUCAGUUUAUCCACAUUCAUGUCUUUGUUCACCAUGUGUUUAGUGUUGGGAACGUUUAUUCUGUUAUCAUCCCAUAGGAAUCAACAAGUUCACGAAGCUAUGAACAUUUAAUGUAAGACUGUGAAUCUGCAGUACAAGAUAAUCUGUCUGCUUUGUGUUGCUUCUUAUUACUUGCAUUUGUGCUAAAUUGUAAUAUCUACCCACUGGAAAGGCAUCUUGUACUAAUAGCCGCCCUGUGUAUCACCAGUUCGAAAUGGCUGUUCUUUACUUUCAGCAUCCUCAUUUUAUUUAAUUUUUUUCAAUGAAGUGCAAAGUGCCAAUGGACUCAAGGACUUCAUAAAAACGUAUUCCCUAUAUUUAACUGAAGAAAAAAAAAUUGAGUGUACCUGUAAAUAUUAUUUAAAAUUUAGCUACAUGAGAUAUAAGGAGACAUUCUGACAGCUACAUCCAGGGUUUGCAUAGCAUGUGUUUUGUGCGUUGAAAGGUCUUCUGUUAAACAUUUAUGUCUUACUUUGAUUUAGCUGCCACAAUGAUACUCUGCCUCCCACAUUCAUAGAACACUUUAUGGGGAAUGGUAUAUUUUUUUUUAUGUUAACUUUUAGGACCUUGCAAAUCAUCUGAUGAAUUAUGGAAACUUAAAAAUUGUCCAGGUUAUUGGUUGGGUAAGUUACUGUGAAGUGGGAAUCUUUUUAGGAUCUGGCUUGAAAAUGCAAGCCUUUAUAAGAUGUUACUUUUCAAAGGUAACACUCCAGCAUGUAUCACACCUUAUGAUCUGAAAAUCGGGAACAUUACACCUGUAUGGCUAAAACAAAUGGUUACAAGAUAUUGUCCUAUCCCUUUCAGCUAAAGUUGUAAAUUAUAUACAUGUAGAAAAAGGAAAUCAUAAACUUGAUACAAUAAUAUUUCUAACCAGAAGGUAUAAAUUUGAUGAUGUAGCCUACCAAGUAUGCAUGUCAUGGGUUCUGUAUAAAGAUCAACUCUGUAGCAACAUUCUAAAAGUGGAAAAAAUCUGCAUUAACAUUCUACUGAAUUCAAUGGUGAGCUCACAAUCAUUUGGAACAUUGCCACAUUUUAGCCUUAUUCAUAGCCCUUACAGUGUGUGCAUGUUAUUCUCCAUAGAUUCAUUCUACAACCAUUUUUGCUCACUAUCUAUUUCUCCCAAUAACUGCAGAUUAAUGCAGAGCUUUCCCCCCCCUCCCCCCCCCUUUCUUUCUCUGUCCUUAUUUUGCACUAUAAAUUUUAUUUCAGUAUUGACAGCCAUAUUACGGUGGACAGAGAGCGAUGACUGUUACUCUUCACUGAAUUCAUACUGCACAGCAAUAAGAUAUUUCCAUGAAACAUUUAUCAUUGAGUGGUCUGCAUGUGUCUUAAUUGCCUAGCACCUUAUAUUAAACUAUAAUCUGUUUUGCUGUUCAAAUCAGGUGCCCACCAUAAUAUCGGAGUUGAUGGAUUAAUGGAAAUGGCCCUUUAUAGAGUAUAUCCAUUUAGUGUCUUGGAUACUUGAAUAGUUUCCUAAAUAUCCCUUACAAUUGGCUAGUCACCAUAGUCGGUAUGUUCUGUAAAAUACUUUACAGCAUACAUUAGAAGUCCAAAUACUGUAUUAUUGCAUGAUCCUUCCUACAGCAUAAUAGAAAGCUCAGUUCCUAUAAAUAUUCUUAGUGAUGUACAUUCAUUCUCCAUCCUAUUAAAACCUAAACUCCGUAGCAGGGAUUCAUAUUGAACAAUUCUUUGACCCAUUGCUAAAUGACCAUGUUAAGCCUGUCUGUACAUUUGUGCAAAUGGACAUAUAACUAAAUAUGUUGCGUUCACAUUAUAUGCACAAUGCUUGACAUGUAUUCAUCGUAAGAAACCUUGAUGUUUAUAUGGGUGUAGCCAUAUACGAGUGAACAUCUACUUGUGUCACAGUGCCAGCCCUCUUUGAGAAGGCAGUAGAAAGCUUCUUAUGGGCUGCUUAUGUGUAUAUUUCUGGAGAUUUAUCUAUCAAAAAGUAUGAUUACAUUUUAAUACCUAUUUAAAGUUGAUUUUGCAAUUCAAUUUUAUUUUUUUAAUUGAUGAUAGGCAUCUGAGCAUGCAAAAAAACGCAAAGCAUAACCCCCUAAGUAGUAAGCACAGCAAGAUUCAGAGUCAUUUUAAUUUUACAAAUGGAGAAAGUUAUCAAAUAAAACCUAGAAGAUUGUAAAUAAAAAUACAAAAACCUAAUGAAAGUGGUGGGGCAGGUAAACCCACACUUUAUGUAGAUGGAUGGUUCACUUUAAUUCAAGGCCCAAGAGAGCAUUCUAAAUAGCACAUUUAUAAUACUGAGGUUGGUGCACUGGCGAUUUGCAUUUUAGCAGUAAAUGGUUUUCUAAUUUUUAUCAGUGCCGUAUUAACAUAGGGCCUAAUGGAGCUAAUGCUCCAGGAAUAGGCUAGAGAUAAUUAAGUAUGGGAUUUUAGGAGGGAUGUGGGGUAGCAAAAUGUGUGUGGACUUUGUGACUAUAAAUGAGUUCAGAUUUGCACACUGUCUAAAUGCUCCUGCUGCUAAGGUCUCUCUAACUGCGGCAUGUCCUCUUAAUUUUCCACUUACUACAUCUGCAUUUUCUCUGUCCCAGGCUGUAUUCCAGGACUUUCUUCUUGAUAAGAAAAAGGGAAGGGGAGGAGUAGGCAAGUGAGUGCUUAAGGGGCAUACAGAAAAUGUAGUUGAAGGUCAUCAUUAGACACAUUCGUGCCAAGCUCAGGGUGCUGAAGCAAUGCUGUCUGCAUGGGUCCACCCUUAGUUGGCCGGCCUGUGUGAUGGACAGGCAUCCUUGCAUGCAUCCACUUCAGGUUGACCUAAUUCUUUGGCUCACCUAUUUUUAUCCUGCCCUCCAACAUCCUGCUUCACAGGACACCAAUGUUUGGGGAUAUGGGUUUGGUUGAGUGAUGAAAGCAAGAGAUUAGCAAAGGGUAUGUGUAUUCAUAAAUGCAUCCUGUGAGUUUCCUCCAGAACCACCUCCACCAGAUACAUGAAACUUAAGUAUGACUGUUUUAGUAUUUUCUGACUAUAAGAUUAUAUGAUUAGGCCCAUCACAAUUGUAAGCACCAGGCCCAAUGGGCUAUUAGUCUGGCCCUGAGUGUUAUCCUACGUUUGCAUAUAUGUUCUAUUUUAGUAAAUCGUAGCUUUUUAUUGAAACCAAAUCAAGAAUAACUUUCUAAAUUUUAAUUUAGCAUUUUUUAAUCCUUUUUCACAUCAUAAAACUUAAAAUUGCCCUUAUUAUAUGGCUAAACUUAAAAUUGUCUGUGUGUCAGAGCAACACAGAAGAAUAAAGAGUAGAAAAGAAUUAAAGCUUUGAACUUGAAUUGUAAUUAUAGAUUUAAAAUUUACUCCUACAUGCUGAAAGGAACAGAUGCACUUUAAUGGCAUUCUACUGUUAGUACAACAAAUGACAGCAGCAUCUAAAGUAGAAUUGUAUUUUCAAACUAAGUGGAGGAUCCAUUAUCUUCUGACAUACCUUGUUAUUAAGGCACAGUCAAUGUAAUCAUCUAAUAUGAACUUGGAAGAUUUAAAAAGGUUUUAGCCAGUUAUUUUUUCUAAGCAUCACUUAGAAAAUACUUUGUUUUGAAGAGAUUUGUUUAUACAGCACAUUACAAGCCAUUUUGUGUUAAAUAAUUCUAACAACCUGUUUAGAUUUAAGCUUUCAAAACUAGCCAAGUUGCUGUGUGAUGUAAAAUGGAAGACUUUCCAAAGGAAACAUUAUUGCUAAUCCGAUUCCACAUUUAGCACCAGAAGGUUUCAAUUGAAUAUUAAAGGACCACUCUAGUGCCAGGAAAACAUACUCGUUUUCCUGGCACUAGAGUGCCCUGAGGGUGCCCCCACCCUCAGGGACCCCCUCCCGCCCGGCUCUGGAAAGGGGAAAGUGUGUAAAACUUAUCCUUUUCCAGCGGUGGGCGGGGAGCUCUCCUCCUCCGAUCCUCCUCUU